UGUUAUCCAACGGUUGCCUUUCAAUUUGUAAAAAAAAAAAAAAAAGUCUCCUACCUGAGAGACCUAUGCUACCGGUAGCGGCAGCGCACACUUCUUCUUCUUCUUCUUCUUCUUCUUUCAUCAUGGUUUAACAGAAAAUCACCAUGUUCUACCAUUUUUUCUUCUGCAAACUCAAAUCUUCCUUCCAAAUCACCGUUUCUUCAAUCACGUGCUAAGCGGGAGAGGAACGGAACGAAUCUUGAUGAUGCUAAAUCCAAGGUAUGCCAUUCCCAAAUUCUCUCGCAAUCCUAUUCUAACUUCUUCUACAUUGCUACUCUAUCGCUUCUUCAGCCAUUCGCAACGCCGAAAAAGUUCUGGCUUUCAUAAUCUUGAUGCUGCUGUUACUCGUUUCAAUUGCAUGAUUCGUGCACUUUCUCCGCCACCCACUUGUGAAUUUGACAAGGUUCUAGGAGCUAUUGUCAGAAUGGGGCAUUAUCCCAUUGCAAUUUCGCUUUUUUCCCAGUUUCAAUUAAGGGGGAUUUCGCCUUCUAUUGCCACUUUCACCAUCUUGAUUAAUUGUUUUUGUCAUCAAACUCAUAUGGCUUUUGCUUUUUCGUUAUUGGGUACCAUUCUUAAGAGUGGCUAUCAACCUAACAUGGUCACUUUUAAUACAAUCAUUAAUGGUUUUUGUAUGAAUGGGAUGAUUUUUAAAGCCUUGAACUUUUACCAACACCUAGUGGCCCAAGGGUAUAUUUUUGAUGAAUUUACUUAUGGGAUUUUAAUCAAUGGGUUGAGUAAAAACGGGCAAACUAGAGCUGCGUUACAUUUGAUACAAGAGAUGGAGGGACGGUCGGUUGAACCCAAUCUAGUUAUGUAUAGUGCAGUCAUUGAUGGACUAUGCAAAGAUGGACUUGUCACGGAUGCGCUUAGCUUGUGUUCUCGGAUGGGUGACAGGGGAGUUUUACUUGAUGUUGUUACCUACAACUCUUUAAUUCGUGGUUGUUGUAGCGUAGGUCGAUGGCAAGAUGUAAAUCAAUUACUGAUGAGAAUGGUGCGGGAAAACGUUGAUACGGAUGACUUUACGUUUAACAUAUUGAUUGAUGCGUUAUGUAAAGAAGGAAGGAUCUUAGAAGCACAGGGUGUGUUUGUUAUGAUGAUGAAAAGAGGCGAGAAACCGGAUAUUAUUACUUACAAUGCUAUGAUGGAUGGGUAUUUUUUAAGAAAAAGUGUUAACGAGGCUAAAGAACUAUUCAAUGGAAUGGUCAAAAGAGGCUUGGAACCGGAUGUUUUGAAUUAUAAUGUCUUGAUUAAUGGUUAUUGCAAGAAUGAAAUGGUUGAUGAAGCGUUGGUUCUCUUUAAAGAGAUGCGUCGUAAAAAUUUAGUCCCUAAUAUUGCUACUUAUAAUUCACUUAUCGAUGGCUUAUGCAAUUUGCACAGAAUACCACACGUGAAGGAACUUCUUGAUGAAAUGCGGGAUAGUGGUCAACCCCCAGAUGUAGUCACUUACAAUAUAUUGUUAGAUGCGCUUUGUAAAACCCGACCUCUUGACGAGGCAAUCUCAUUAUUUUGGAAGAUUGUUCAAGGAAUUUGGCCUGAUUUUUACACAAACUAUGUAAUUGUUGACAAUUUGUGCAAAGGUGAAAAGUUGAAGAUUAUAGAAGAUGCUCUUCAAUACCUUUUGAUGCACCAUUGUCCUCCAAAUGUCCGAACAUAUACUAUCAUCAUCAAUGCACUUUGUAAAGAUGGCUCUUUUGAUGAAGCUAUACUCUUACUAUCAAAAAUGGAUACCAAUGAUUGCUCCCCCGAUGCUGUAACUUUUGAUACAAUUAUUGGUGCACUGCUCAAGAAAAAUGAGACUGAUAAAGCAGAGAAACUUCGUCAUGAAAUGAUGGAGAGAGGUCUAGUAAAUAUUGAAAAAAGGUUGAUGUGCGAACAGGGAGGGAAUCUGUGACUGCCAAACUUGUCAUUCAUGUUCUAUUUUCACAUGACAACCAAAGCAAGUCAAGAUUUACAUGCGUCGAGCAAUCCAGACUGCGAAGGCCCAAACGGUUAUGCAAGCAGAAUAUAAUUUUUCAAUGCCAAAUAUCAGAUUUUCUGUGUUCAAUGGUUGAUUGGAAACAACAGCUGGAACCAGAGUUACACUAUAUUCUUCCUUGCAAGUUCUGGCUUUCAAUCUGGUAGACCCACCUGCUUUCACUUUUCUCAUAACCUCUACUAACUCCUGCAUUUUCCCUUUUUUCUAAGCUAGUAAACGCGGCAUCUCAUGAUUUUUACAAAUUUCAUUCCAAUAAAAUAAAACCUGGGAAUUGGAUUUAUUAUUAUACAUGUGAUGUGCUAUUUACUUGUAGGUUCACUUCACUCUAACGUCUGAGCAAGUUUCUUGCUUGUGAGCUAAAUCCCUGUGACUGUGAUCAUUCAUACUCUCCGAGAAGUGUACAUGGAUUUGUUAUGAUACAUGUGAUGUGCUAUUUACUUGUAGGUUCACUUCACUCUGACGUCUGAGCAAGUUUCUUGCUUGUUAGCUAAAUCCUGUGAUCAUUCAUACUCUCCACAGCCAACAAAAAUUUCAAAUGAAGAUCAGACAGUACAAGUCUCUAUCAAUUCACAGCAACAGAAGCCUAUGAAACCAGUAGUUUCAUCAAAUAAGGUUAAUUCCACAGAUUGGAUAGCCACUUCCUUGACUAGACGGUUCGGCCUCGGAGUUGGUCUUGCAUGGGUUGGGUUUUCUUGCUUUUGGCGUCGUCUCAGAACAAAUCAAAACUCGCCUCGAGGUUUCUCAACAAGAGGCUAAUACAAGGAGUGUCGAGGAGGCAGAAGAGGUAAUUCUGCCUAAUGGCAUAAGGUAUUAUGAAUUGAAGAUUGGUGGCGGGGAUACACCGAGGCGAGGCGAUUUGGUUGUGAUUGAUAUAAUGGGAAAAGUCGAAAGCACGGGU